UUUGCACCCUCUGUGUGUAUCACUGUUCUACUACAACUACGUGAAAGCUUGCGGAAUGCGUCCGAACGGUUUUUACGCGGAUGUUAGUCGCUUCUUGUAAUAUUAUUUUCGAGUUUAGAUGUUUCGAGCUUUUUGUUGUUGUCCGGACUUGCGUUGCAAUUUUUCGUUUAUGUGUGCGGAAUGGUGAGAGUGACCAUGUUGCUAUUUACGGCACUUUUUUUCUUGGAAAUGUGCUGGUUCUGUACUUGUCUUGUGAUUAAUCCGGCUAGUUCCGGAGGCUUGACCAGCGGUGAUCCCGCGCCGGGACGGUCGCCGGGGCCCCCGGAUAUUGAGCUCACCACUUUGCUUCUGCCCCAAGAAGUGAACGAGUGCGGACUUCAAGGGGAUGUUAAAGUUCCAACGGAAAAUUUUAUCAACCUCACGUUGGGGCAUAGACUUUUUAUUACAGACCAUUUAGUCGCAGGAAUUGAGUACCAAGUUAACUUGAAGAGGAUACGAGAAGGACCUGUCAUAACAUUCACGAUAAAAUCAACAGUUGAUGACGUUCCAAAGGGAAAAUUUAUCAACACAAUCGACGAAUUAAACUGUUGGCCUAACGUCUUUAAAAGUCACUUGAAUGGGUCGGCAUUAACGCUCAAGUGGACGAUGGAAGACAGCGAGCAGUUCAUGAAAACGAAUUUAACUUUCGAAGUGAAUUACCAAGUGUCAGACGAUCCAUCUGUCUACAGAGUGAUAUAUUCUUUUCCAAUAAGUCAAGAUUGCCAAGUCCGUUUGAAAAAAGAGGAAGCAGUGAUAAGUUGGAGAGAUUUUCCUCACUCUGUCAGCGACUGUCAAGUGUGGUUUCCCAGUCACGAUACAGGCCACAGUCUCGUCAUCGAACUCACUCGUCUCAACGUCCCCUGUUCCAAAGGCUACAUCCACUUUUCCGGCCUCAACAUCACGCUACAUCAGCAGUUCCGCAGCCACCGGCAGGCGCGUCUCUGCGGAAAGCUCGAGGAACUCCCGGAGAGCGACCGGCAUGUCUACUUCCCGUUUUCCCACACUCCUCCGGUUAUGCACACUCAUGGUAAUCCGGUCUUCGCGCUCUCAUACCAUCUGGUCGAUUAUUGUUACAACGUCACCUUCGUGGCGCGAAACGGCUCCUUCGAACUCAAGCCCACGGAGGAGCUACAGUGCACUUUCAAAAUAUAUUUGCCUUAUGGGAACAGAGUGGCGCUAAAUCUGCAGAUCGGGGACAGCACUUCCACAGGGACUCCCGCGACGGACGCCCUUUUGCAGGAUCCAAAAAGCGGCGAGAAAUGUGAUGGUUUACUGACGCAACUCCACGACGGAGACAACACUUGGUCCCACUGCACUAAGCCCGGAGACGCCGAGCGCCGGAUCGAAAUCGUAUCAAGGGGGAAUAAGGUAGUGCUGCGGGUAAAUGUGCGUAGUUCUAAUGGGGGUUCUUUGGGAUUACGGAUGAUGUAUCAUGCCGCGCCGAUUGAAGAGAUCGUGGGUGCGUGCGGAUUUGGGUGGGUGACUCUUAAACAGUUUUGUGUGACGGCUGUGGAGGAGUUUAAACUGCCGUGGGCUCAAGCCGAAAUGGAGUGCAUAAGAAGAGGAGGACAUCUCGCGAGCAUCAGAAGCGACUACGCGCAGAACAUCAUAAAUAAUCUGCUGCUAAACAGCCCUGGGUAUCGGGACCACAACGCCUAUUGGAUCGGUGCGUCUGAUAAAAUGGUCGAGGGUGACUUCCGGUGGUCCGACGGCCUCCCCUUUUCGUUCACGAAUUGGUUUCUCGGAUGGCCUCAGCAUGGACACUACAAUCGACAGCCUAACGACGACGGACUCAGCGAACAAGACUGUGUGGAAGUUAGAAGGAUCUAUUCUCUCCCUUCGGCCUCGGCUAGUGUGGCGUCGGCUUUUAUGUGGAAUGACAGAGAUUGUGCUACGCCUAAUUACUUCAUCUGCGAAAGAUUAAUUAAUGAUGAGCCGUUGGAGGACAAUUGGCCGCCAGAUUGCAAUAGAUCGGUGGAACUAUCCAGACAGCAGCCCCGAGCCGUUGUCUCUAGUCCCGGAUUUCCACGUCAUUAUCCAGACAACACAGAUUGUGACACCGACAUCACAGCGCCUCCUGGUUAUCGACUCGUUUUGGAUUUCGAGGAGUUAGUUCUCGAAAAUGAACCUUCUUGCAGCUACGACUAUUUGGAGAUUUUAGAAAAUAACAACGUUUCUUCGUCCAUAAAUUCAACUUCUGCGCGGCGUCUGUGUGGCGACUGGAGUUCCAAACUAAAAUUGCUUCGAUACGUCAGUAAUGGGUCGAAACUGAAAUUAAGAUUCAGCUCAGAUUAUUCGCAUCAUUUCGGGGGGUAUAAGGCGCGUGUCUCUAUGGAAAGUGCAACGCAAUGCUCUGAUGAUCGCUUACAAAUGUUCAACAACUCUUGCUACCUAUUCGUAAGUUACCCUGAAGUGACUUGGUCGACGGCACAAGAAAUUUGCAAGGGCAAAAAAAGCCAACUAGCGUCAAUUCUAAGUACUGAAGAAGAGCGUUUCAUCACAACGAACAUUCGUAAAUCUAUCGAUUAUCGUACUAGUGCGCUUUAUUGGCUCGGAGGUAAGUCCGAGACCGAUUCUGGCUUUAAAUGGACAGACGGAAAUCCGAUGCAAUAUAUGGGUUGGCUGCCAGGACAGAAACCAGCUGACGAUACAAACGUCAGAUGUCUCGGAAUUCAGUGGACUCCAUCUCCAACACCGAUGCUCCCUAGUGGAUUUUACUGGAAGUCGCGUCGGUGUAGCACCCACGGUGGCUAUGUGUGCAAAAAACCAAGUCAAAUCUCAGGAGUCGGGAUUAACUUUAACAAAACUGUAAACGGUUCAGAGGGUACUCUAACAAGUCCUCAUUAUCCAGACCACUACUAUAACCAUUUGGACUUCUCGGUGAGGAUUAUUGGCCCGGAUAGGACCCGUCUCGUGGUGAAAUUUUUGAAAAUUGAUAUCGAGCACCAAUUGGAAUGUCUGUACGACUUCGUCCAGCUGUCAAGCGGAGGACAAAUCGGCGACGCUGUGAAGUUUUGUGGGACCCAUGACACCGACAUGCAUCGGUUCAACUUUGUGUCGGAGGGCAACGAAGCGGAAUUGAGGUUCCAUUCCGAUUACUCAAUAUCAGGAAGUGGAUUUUCACUGACGUGGCAUGCCGUCGACGUUUCCGCAUGUCCUUUGCAAACUCUCACGGCCAAGGAAGGAGUUUUAACUAGUCCCAACUACCCGGACUUUAUACUGGCCCAUUUAAAUUGUUCCGUGACUAUUUUAGCGCCAAUGGGGAAACGAGUUUGGUUGGAGUUUCAUGAUUAUGACAUCGAAAGGACAGCGUUACGAGGAAGGGGCAAAAAUGCGUUGCUCGAAGUGACCUUAGGGAGGGAGUCCCGACCCUUCGAACCCUUCGAAUCAGAAACCUUACUCACCGAAGGCACUUUCCUCUCGGACGAAGAAAGAUUAAAAAUUAGUCUCCGCACCGGCGAUCGACCCUUGGGUAAGGGAUUCCGAGCAAUUUACAAAAUCAUUACCUCGGCUCAAGAAGAGAAAAUUAUCAAUCUCAAGCAAAAUUCAUCAGGAUUGCUACUCCACCUUAAUUAUCCAAAUAACCCUUCAAUUAAUAUUAAUUUCCUCCAACACUUUAUCGCACCCUUGGGAUGUACAAUAUCCUUGGAGUUUUUUCGUGUCAAACUCAGCGACAAGGAAUGUCUGGAUGGAAAUGGCGCCAUUGAAGUGUACGACAAUUAUUACGACACGAACGGAACCUCCUGGAAAUUAUGUUAUGACGCAGAUACGGAAGACGCUAUCGCUCCCGUGACUCCAAUAUCGAUCACUUCGUUCCUAAAUACAUUACAUGUACGCCAGAAGAGUGGAGUUGUCGGUGUUGCCUUAAACGGAAGUCUUCGAGUUCAACCCGAUCCAGAAUUUAAAGCCAAACUCCUAAAACAUAAAGAUGAUGAAGUGGAGUCAUGUAGCCCAAAUCCGUGCCAAAACCAAGGAAAAUGUGUCACGAAAGAGCAUCAGAAUUUCUGCCAAUGCACCGGCCAUUUCAUCGGACUCUUCUGCGCCUUAACCAAAUGCGAAUUGGAACCGUGUGUUUUCGGAACAUGUCAUUUGACCAACUCAAGUUACUCCUGCCAAUGCAAAACUGGCUACAUAGGACCAAACUGUGAACAAAAACGGAAACCCUGUGAAGGAAAUCCUUGCGAAAGCCGCGGCGUCUGCAUCGAACGCGGAGACAGCUUCCAGUGCCGAUGCCAUGCCUGGUGGGAGGGUUCUCGCUGCGAGAAACGAAUGCUGCACAUCCCAUACAAACCUCUAAGUGAAAGAAUGUUUCAUGAGCCGUUUUGGCUAGGUCUAAUGACCGUCUGCGUUGUGAUGGGUGUUAUCGGAUUAGUUUGGUGUGCCAAGAGACACUUCCCCGAAAAAAUUGAAAAACUAUUGGCCGAAGAAAACGACCGAAAUAGAAGCACAAUAUCUUCACUGAGGAGUUCUUCGGUUCGCGAACAGCUAGCAGCAGCUUCAGGAGCGGCUUCCGUGACGGUGACCCCCAGCCCAGGUCCGACUGCGCCUCGAUCCCUAUUUGGCCGCCUGGGUAUCCGCAAGCCAUCCAUCCUCAGCCUGACCAGUCCACACGCCAGCGGCUACGUUCCUGCCACCGCCCGAACGUUUAGUUUGGACGAUUUGCUAAAACCUCUCCCGAGACGUACACCAUCUCCUAAGAAAAAAAGGAACAACUCAACGCCAACCAAAAAGAAUGCGGCUGAGAAGAAACAGAUUCUCCAGCAAUUAAUAUCGCCUGGUAAUAAGCAAUUGUCUCGCAAAGUAAGCCUCGGUGAACUAAUGCAGAUGAGCGAGAAAAAGAUGAAAGACAGUGGCGAACACAAGCUAGACGCAGAGUCGCGAAUGAAAGAGACGAAAUUUGGCGAAGGUGACAGUGUUCAGAGUGCUUUGAACGAUCCAAAACUAGAGAAAAAAGUAACGUUCGCGCGCUUAUUAAAUAAAGUCUCUGCUGAAAUGAGCUCCGGUUCGGAGAUGGAGCUUGGUAUAAUGCAGAGCAAUCGAUUAGGUUGCGUUUUCGCGCGUCCUUCGAGCACCCCUCCUUCGCCAAACGUUGAUGCAAGAUCUCCUAACAGUACGUCAAGUAACCAAGGUAGUGAUUCGUUCACUAGCUCUGAUCUCGCGAUCCCGAGUGCUUUGAGUUCAAGUAUUUCAGAUUUUUUGAACACCCGAAAGAACAGUAGAUUGCCCAACGGCAGACAAAAACCUGCAAGCGCCGAUUCUAUCCUUGCUAUGUUCCGAAAUUUCUCGGUGAGUUCAGCCGGGGCCAAUUUACCUUCUUCGCUGAAGGUUUCCCCUUCUACGACACCCACCGCUUCGAGUCCUCAAGACGACAUCGUCGGCGAUGACGAAUCGUCCACUUCGUCGAUUCAUACGCCGGUUUCGUUCUCAAGCGGGCCUCCUGAGAGUCCCGUCUUGCACCGACAAAGCCAGAGCACAAUAGAAGUACCCGUUCUUGACCCUCUGAGCGCACACAAAUCGUCUAGCAGCGGCAGUAACUUCCUGCAUCCGCCCACGAUACUCUUAGAGAUACCGAGCACAAUCAACAAGUGCCUUUCGCCCAUUCGGGAGAUGCCUACGCCGUUACCUUCACCGAUACCAUCGCCAGCUCUCACCCCCAUUAUGAGACGCAGUCACAUCUCCUCCUCUCUGGAGGAUGCUGCCGAAAUGAGCGACGACAGAAUGUCAGUAGAGCUUCCCAACAUUUCCAUCAGCGACGGCGAUGACGAAGAUAUGCCGUGCACACAAGACAUUGCUAUCGAUCCCCAAGCAGAAGACGGACUCAUCUUGGAAGAAGCCGCAGCCAUGCAACAGAACUCAACUCGAAAAGCAAAACAUCGUCCUCCGCCUCUUAGUGAACCUACCGAUUCUGAUACCUCCCAAUCACAACCUCUAGUGAUUCCCUUACUCACAAUCCAAACACCUUCUCCAACUCACUCAAAAGCGCCCUCACUUCUCUUCCCCGGCUCUCCUCCACCUCAAAAACCCCACCAUCAUGAACCUUCAUUUCAGUUUCCUCCUUCAAAGCAAAAUCGCAAACUCUACAAAGAUUUGGACAAACCUAAUUCUCUAGACCUGCCUUGUGCACCUCCCAUGAUUACAAUAACAUGCAAUAUGAGUGAAGCAGAAUCAGAUGCCGAGUCUAUGUCUCCUGCUGCUAAAGCCGCAGGACAUUUGGGAGGUGCAUCAGCAGGAAUGACAUAUUUAAGCCCUUUUUCCAUUGCACGGGGCGAACACAACGCCUCAGAAUCUAAUUUAAGUUCUUCCGGGUAUAGCUCAAUGGCAAGUCCAGGUCCUUCUAGAUGCGGUUCUAGCAAUCCUUUGUGUCCCUCCGAAAUGGAAGAUCAAGGGCCUCCCGGAUCGGGACCUUCUCAUCGAAGACCUUCUCCAGUAUUAAAAAACAAUUCCAAUCCUUCUGAACGGUCAGACAUGGAUAAGAAAACGGAAGAGCAAAGAAGAGGACGUUCUGAUUCUGAAACACUUUCCGAUGACCCUCUUUUAGAAUCAAACGAUGAAGGGAUCGGAACUGAUCAUAUCGAGGAGAAAAUCGAAGAAGGUGAUGUUAAAAGUGCGAAAGAACUCGAAGUCUUCAUGGUUAGUGAAAGCGAAAAUACUAAAACUCUUCUAGAUUUGCCGCUGAUUCCACCACCCACAAGACCAGGAAAGAGUAUAGAAGACAACAUGGAGAGGCUCCUCCCGCCUCCCCCUGCACCAGCUGGGAAAAAAACACUACAAUUGCCAUCAAUAGUUGUACAGUGCGACGGCUCCGGAUGUGAAAAACUGCUAAGUCCGAUGAGUUCGCGUAGUGAAAGUCCUUUGAGUGAUCGUAGCGGUUUAGAUCGAUUCUCCCCGCACUUCUACGGCAGACACAAAGAUUUACUACCUUUCACGGAUUCGGAUGGACUUUACGACUUCUCCAGUACCGAUAAAAUGAACGUAAUGAAAAUGACGCAACAUAAAAAGACGAGCAGGAAACGCGAUAAAAAACUGGUGAGGCAUUGUAAGACACCGAGUCCUACUAAACCCACAAACCCUCUUUUACCGCACAACCAUCUAGACGUUCCCAGUAAAGACACCUUUUACAAAGUUCCGCCACCACGUAAAUUGAGCCCGAAAAGAAGGGCGACGCGAUCACAAAUUGUUAGCUCAAGUUCUAGUUCCGAUAGUAUUCAUUCGAAUCGCGAAAUUCGGAUGUCUUCUUCUAGUCCUAGUCCUGAUACUAUAAGGUGGUCUUCGCCGAUUGAUUGGCUGGAUGAAAAAUGUCAACAAAAAGUACAAGAGGAAGACAAUUACGACGAUGCCAGUAGUGCGAUGAUACCAAAGCCGGCCGAUGUUUCCAGGCAUCAAAAGAUAAGCAGAUUAAGGGCAAUUAGUCAUCAAAUAAGAUUUUUAAGAAGAUUAGAACUUAGUUUAAAACGAAGAGAACGUACGGUCAGCCCGUCGGACAGUUUAGAUAGCGGCGGCGACGACGAUUCUCCCCGAGCGACGUCUCCUUUACUACAACAAUCGAAAAGUGGAAAAGUUGAGAUCCAAAAAAGUAGUAGCAUAGGAAAACUUCAUAGUAGUCAGAGUAGCAAAACAAAGCGAGGAAAAUACAAGCGCGGUGAACUUUUACUUCCACAGCACGAAGAAAAAUCGUGGAAAAGAAUAGUUAUAACAGGAAAUGGUCAUUCUGACUAAGUGUUUUAAGAAAUGACACUAAAAAGAAAAAUGUACUGAUAGCUAAUUAACGAAAAACGAAUAAAUCAAUAUAUUCUAAAACAUCGAACAAUCAUAAAUGUACAUUUUAACCUAUGAUCGCAAUAUUUUAAAAAGUGAAUAAAUCCUGAAGCUUGUUAUACUUAUAAACCAUUUAUCGAAUUUACAUAUAAGUAUGAUUAAUAAUUUAAUGCUCAAAAGCGCGUUGUUGUUAAAUGUUGCACAUUGUUUAGGUUUCAUUCAGGCCCUAAAAUUACAAAACGGCUAAACAUGGCAUUGAUCGAUAAACUGAAGCAAUAUUUUUUUAAAUAAAUUUGCUGUAAAAACCCCACUUCGAAUUGUUAUUGCUUUGGUUUCUCAAUGAGUGCGUAACACGUUAUAAAAUUGUAAUAAAUGUAAAUAAUGUCGUCCAUAACUUUCAAUGAUUCCAGCGAGGAAUAACCACGGAAAUCAAGCUAACCUGGUUCAAGACGAACACAUAGAACGGCUUGUAAAUGAGACUGAUUUUCUACUAUAUUUAAAUUUUAGCCACGGUUUCGUUCGUUACAUUUGCACUAUUCAUGUCCAGUCCCACCCCCUACACGUUAUUGUCAUACGGGUAUCGUUGUUUGUUGGUACCACUGUGAUAGAACCAUUACACUGUAUGUAACUUCUACAGCAAUAUUUUGAAGGGAGCAAGAAGUCUUUUGGCACAAACGAGCAAUUAUGUAGUAUUGCACACUACUACCUAUUAAUACUUUCUUUGUAACUUACUAUAACUUUAAGAAAAUGUCUUUCAUUACGCCAUGCGUCUACUCUAUAUAUUUUCUAUGUUGUUUAUUUGCUGUAUUCAUCGAAAUUUUAAUAAAUUGCUUGUUUUCUUAA